UGAGUGCGCGCAUGUCCUUGUGAGGGUGAACCGAGGCUCAGCACACUGCCGCAGACACACACCGCCGCAGACACACAGACAUGAAUCACCUCCUGAGAGUUCCCGCUCUGGCCGGCCGGGCCUUCAGCAGCUCGGCCCGGACGCUGAGGAACCGAGUCCCGGAGAACCAGAAGAUCUUCCAGGCGGACAACGGCCUCCCAGUUCACCUGAAGGGAGGAACCCUGGACGCUGUGCUCUACCGGGCGACCAUGACCAUCACCAUGGCAGGAACAUGCUACUCUCUCUACUGGCUCUUCACGGCCUCGAUGCCUCAGAAGAAACCCUAGAGAACAAACGGGCUCCGUCUAUCACCUGGAGGACGAUGCUCGUUGUGUUUGUCCUGUUUCAUUUCCUCAAUAUUUGAAAUCAGAGUUUUUGCAGAGUUGUAAAAAUGUCCUUUAAUAAAAGUGAGAGAUUGUG